AUUCCAGUUUUUGGAUGCUUGGUCAAAUGGGUUCACCGGUUUGACUCAAAACCCAGCCCAAAUCUUGUUAGAUCGCAGCCAUGGUCAACAGUCAAGAUUUCAAGAAUUCAAUCCCCCUUUCUUCUAUCUCCACUCCAGAACGUGGCACCAAGAUGAGCAAGCUAACCUCAUCAAGCUCCGAGCUAGACCUAGAUCGCCCCAACAUCGAAGACUACCUUCCCUCCGAUUCCAUUCCACAACCUCACGCCAAGCUUCGUUUGCGCGAUUUGCUGGACAUCUCCCCGACGUUAACGGAGGCGGCUGGUGCCAUUGUCGAUGAUUCUUUCACACGAUGCUUCAAAUCAAAUCCUCCAGAGCCUUGGAACUGGAAUAUAUAUUUAUUCCCUUUGUGGUGUUUGGGAGUUGUAGUUAGAUAUGGGAUUCUUUUCCCUGGAAGGGUUCUUGUUCUGACAAUAGGAUGGAUAAUCUUCCUAUCAUGUUAUAUUCCUGUGCAUUUGCUAUUAAAAGGGCAUGAUAAGUUAAGAAAAAGGCUAGAGAGGGCUUUGGUGGAGUUAAUUUGCAGCUUCUUUGUUGCAUCAUGGACAGGGGUAGUGAAGUAUCAUGGUCCUAGACCAUGUGCAAGGCCUAAACAGGUGUUUGUGGCUAAUCAUACAUCAAUGAUUGAUUUCAUUGUUUUAGAACAAAUGACUGCUUUUGCUGUUAUCAUGCAGAAACACCCCGGAUGGGUUGGACUUCUACAAAGCACUAUUUUGGAUAGUUUGGGGUGUAUAUGGUUUAAUCGUUCCGAAGCAAAGGAUCGUGAAAUUGUAGCAAGAAAGUUAAGGGAGCAUGUUGAAGGAGCUGAUAACAAUCCUCUUCUUAUCUUCCCUGAAGGAACUUGUGUAAAUAAUCAAUUCACUGUUAUGUUCAAAAAGGGUGCAUUUGAACUUGGGUCCACUGUUUGCCCAAUUGCAAUCAAGUACAACAAAAUCUUCGUUGAUGCUUUCUGGAAUAGCAAAAAACAAUCUUUCACGACUCAUUUAUUACAGUUGAUGACAUCAUGGGCUGUGGUUUGUGAUGUUUGGUACCUUGAGCCUCAAAAUAUGAAGCCUAGAGAAACACCUAUUGAGUUUGCAGAGAGGGUGAGGGACAUCAUAUCUGUUCGGGCAGGUCUUAAGAAGGGAACGCAAGCAGCAAAGUUUUGCAGAGUCGGUGCUGCAUCGGUUGGAAGAGAAAUGAGGAUUGUAGAUUUUCAAGCAUUGCUGGGGAGAUAGAUAAUUAUUAAAUCAUGAGCAAAUAAGAUUAUGCCUUUUUUUUUUUUUUUUUUUUUUUGUGUGUGUGUGUGUGUGUUCGUUCACUUAAAUUUAUGAACAGG